CGCUGCUGCCGCUGCGGGAACAAAGGAGGGAACCGGCGGCGGCGGCGCCGCCAGCUCCGCGCCCGCCUCCCUUCGCCCUCGCAGGAGCAGCGCGGAGCGCCCCGCGGCGCCCCCCCGACACCGCCGCGGGGUUCCUCGCCUCCCUCCCCCCGCCCCGGAGCAGCAUCGAGAUGGCUCAGGAGACAAACCAGACCCCAGGGCCCAUGCUCUGUAGUACAGGAUGUGGGUUUUAUGGAAAUCCUAGGACAAAUGGGAUGUGUUCUGUUUGCUACAAAGAGCAUCUUCAGCGACAGCAGAAUAGUGGCAGAAUCAGCCCAAUGGGAACAACCAAUGGUUCAAACAGUCCUACCUCAGACUCUGCAUCUGUACAAAGACCAGACACUAGCUUAAACAACUGUGAAGGUGCUGCUGGCAGCACAUCUGAAAAGUCAAGAAAUGUGCCUGUUGCCGCUUUGCCUGUAACGCAGCAAAUGACAGAAAUGAGCAUUUCAAGAGAGGAAAAAGUAACACCGAAAACAGAGACUGAGCCAGUUGUUACUCAACCAAGCCCAUCAGUUUCUCAACCUAGUACUUCACAGAAUGAAGAGAGAGCUCCUGAACUGCCCAAACCAAAGAAGAACAGAUGUUUUAUGUGCAGAAAGAAGGUUGGCCUUACAGGAUUUGACUGCCGAUGUGGAAACUUGUUUUGUGGACUUCACCGUUAUUCUGACAAGCAUAACUGCCCAUAUGAUUACAAAGCAGAAGCUGCAGCAAAAAUCAGGAAAGAGAACCCAGUGGUGGUGGCUGAAAAAAUCCAGAGAAUAUAAACUAACCUACUUGUGAAAAGACUGACUUUCUUUGUUUUAUUUUAAUAUAUCCUAGGAAAACAUUAAAGAGCAGAUGCAUGGCCAUUUUCCUUUGAUGUUCUCCAAAGUUUUACUUUUAGUCUUGUCUGUCUUAAUGAUAUUUCAGAAUGUUUGGGUGUUUGUUACAGGCAGAAUUGGACAGAUACAGCCCUUGAAAAAUGUAUAUGCCCUCCCCAGAAUAUAAUUGGAUGAUCAGAAUAUACACAGGAAUACACAUGCACAGAGGACAAACUCUAGUUCACAUGUGCCAAACAGAUGUAUGCUAUCUGCAAGUUUGCAGCAGAUCUGCCUGUUGAGGUGUAUUUGAAGUGUGUAAUCUUUGGCUAGUGUUAUGUGCCUGUUUGGGAGAAGGAUAAAUCGGAAAGGUUGGCAGUCUACUUCUAUCAUUUAAAAUCUCAUUCUAAUUUUAGUUUCCGCACUCCGUUUUCCAGCAGAGCGUAAGUUAUGCAGAGUCCAUCUUCCAGUAAGAAGAGUGCUGGUGCUGUAUUUAAGGAACUGUUGCUUGACAAUUGCAAUAGGAAAAGUGAAAAAAUUUGACAUGUAUGAGAAGAGAACUAUUCUGGAACCAAUUAUAUUAACUUUAGAAUUGUGAAAAUAGGUUCCUAAAGGAAAUGACCUGUAAGAAACUUAUGAACUGGCCUGCAGCAGAGUUGUCCGCCUUUCCUUGCAUAGCUAAAAAUGUGUAACACAAUAUUGUAAGAUUGGAUUAUAAAACAAAAGCAACAUAUGUUUUUAGACAUACCACAGCAGCUCAAGCAACACAUAUGCAUCUGAUGAGUAAGUUACAGGAGUAUCUGAGGAGUUUUAUUAUUCAUGUACUACUUAUGUUCAGUGUGUUCUGGGUUCAAAGGAAUAUUAGAAGCUUUUUUAUUUUUUCUAGUUUUAACUGUAACAAUUGCACCAUUCUGCAUGGAAAACCAUACCCAACAUGGCUGCUGUAGACUUACGUGGUAGCUGGAACCACUCUUGGAGGGCUGCUUUAUCAUUUUUAAUUGUACUUGGGUGUAGGACUGUAGUGUUCUUGGGUGUAUUGCAUGGGCUGCAUUAUCUACAGCAUUGUACAAUAACAACUCUAGAAAAGGCAGUAUACUUCACUGAUGCUUGUCUGGUAAUAUCACUUCUGUGUUAUAAUGGAAGGUUUUUUUUGUGAUGUAUGAAACUUGUGUUUUUUAUAUAAACAAGUACAGUUUAGACUAGUGUUGUGGUAAUGCCUGUUCUCAUCUGUAAAUAGUUAUGUAUGUACACAAGGCGCUACUUCUGAUUUUUAUUGCAGUGUUCAGUCUUAGUUUCUACUUCACUAUUAAAAGCAUCAUGUUUUUGCUUUAACUUUGUUCUUUCAAUUGAGUUAUUAGAUAUGCAAACAUGUACAGAUAGUUCAUAUUUAUGUAUUGCACAUAAUCAUGCUACCCAGCAACUAUGCUAUAUUGUAUUAUGUAAAUAAUAAAAAAUCAUGUACAGAAGGAAA